AACUGUCAUUUGAAAUUAUAUUUCCAAAACAAUACUAUUGAAAUUAUACAAAACUAAUAGAACCUAAAAAAUGAAUUACUCUGCGGCUUAUAUGGAAAACUUUGAGGAUCGUUGGAGGACCGAGCAUCCCGAUGAUGCCUUCCUAUCACCCUACCGGCCUACCACCCUGCCCAAGGAGAAUAACUACUAUAAGGACUUUGCCUUCCAGGAUCCGGUUUCAGUAGUUCAGAAGACACUUAUACCUGACAAUUCUUCGCCAUGUCUUCCCGAGGAAAUUAUCGUAAUACAAAGCGAAUCCGAGGCGAAUAAUACCUUUUGGAUUGCAGUGAGCGGCUAUAAAGUUGAUAAAGCCUAUAUCGUCUAUCGAUUCUUUCACGAUAUAGGCCUCAUUGUGGGCAAGAGUUUGAACAAAACCAACAUCAUGUAUCUAAAGUAUCUCAGUGUACUGGAUUGCGAAAUAGCCCUGAGCUAUGAUGGCCAAAGGAUCGGCUACGGCGGCGAUAUCCGGGUGAUAGUAAAGCUGGAGAAUCCUGUCACCAAAAACAACAUCAUUCAAGAUCUGGAGCAAAGCUGCAAGAAACAACGUAAAGUCCCAACUCCAAUAAAUGUAUCGAUGUGGAACUCCUCCAUCGAUGUGGAGGACGAAACUGAAGCCAUGGAUGUUGAGCCACCAAAUAAAGUAGAUACAGAAAAUGUUUCAAAGCAUCAGAAUGAGGUCAAAUACAAAAGAGUUGGCCUUUUGCAGUGGUUCAAAGAAAAAUUGGCUUAUGUGUUCUAUUUUUACUAG